AUGAUAGAGAAGCUAUUCGGAAGAAUCGAAAAUCCAAAAAGACCUUUAUUAGGUCCAAAUGUGUACGCCUUAAAAUUUUGGGGCCUCUUAUUACCCAGAAACAUCUUUAAGCGUUAUUUCUACAUGUCUAUGCACAUUUUGGUCACAAUAUUUACAGCAACUGAAUACAUUGACGUGUGGUUUGUCAAAUAUGACAUGAAUUUGCUGUUGAACAAUUUGAAGAUCACUAUACUUGCAACUAUGUCGGUGUGCAAAGUCACAACGUUUUUGUUCUGGCAAAAAUCUUGGAUAAGCAUUAUCGAUUACGUCACCAAAGCGGAUUUAGUUCAAAGAUCGUGUUCUGAUAUCAACAAACGUUCAUUGUUAUCAAAAUAUACUGUUUAUUGUCGGAAAAUUACGUUCUUCUAUUGGUCUUUAAUGUAUACUACUGUUGUUAUAGUUAUUGUCCAACCGAUUUUCAAAUAUUUUUCUUCGGCGGUUUACAGAGAAAAUGUUAGAAAUGGAUCUGAAACCUAUCUUCAGGUAGUAAGUUCUUGGGUUCCGUUCGAUAAAAACAAUCUUUCUGGAUAUAUUGCGGCGUCAUUAUUUCAAUCCUAUGCUGCUAUUUAUGGUGGGGGAUGGAUAACAUCAUUUGAUUCAAACGCCAUGGUGAUAAUGGUGUUUUUCAGAACUGAGUUAGAGUUAUUAAGGAUUGACUCUAGGAAUAUUUUUGGGAGUGAAUUAGCGCCGGUAUCUGAUAAGGUUGCAUUGGAAAGGCUGAAAAGCUGUUAUAGAAGACACGUCGAGUUAGUGAGAUACUCAACUCUUUUCGACUCCUGCUUAUCCCCCAUCAUGCUCCUCUACAUGUUUGUUUGUUCUGUAAUGCUGUGCGUUACUGCCUAUCAGAUUACUAUUGAAACCAGUGCAGCCCAAAGAUUUCUGACAACGGAAUACCUGGUGUUUGGCGUGGCUCAGCUGUUCAUGUACUGUUGGCAUAGUAACGACGUUUUGUUUGCUAGCCAGGAAUUAAGAUGGGGUCCCUACGAAAGUGUCUGGUGGUUUCAGAAGGUCCAUCACCAAAAGGACCUGUUCAUCAUGAUCGCUCAGUUCAGCAGAAAUGUGGUGUUCUCCGCUGGGCCCUUUUCUAAGCUCACUGUAGCUACUUUCAUAAGCAUAUUGAAAGGCGCCUAUAGCUAUUAUACCCUCCUUAGCCAAUCACAAAUGAAGUGAGAAUUAUCAUUGAGUUAAUUCAGAAUAAAAUAGACAAUAGCUUAGACUUACCACUAGAAUUUAUCUUAUAAUUAGAUGCAAUAAUAUUAUGUUUGUUGUCUAUG